AUGAGACUAUCCGACUUCGGGCUCAUCAACCACAGAUGGCACAAGAACGAUCGCCACAACAAGUAUGCCGGCUGCGACGCCAUUAUCAGGUGUGCUGGUGCUCAGUGAGCUCGUACGACGCAGUUGCUGCCGACGCGAGCAUGAGUCGGAUUUCCACUCGUUCAAGCUGCAACAAUCCGUGUGA